AUGGCUUUCAGGCACCCAUUGGCGCUGUCUGCGACAGCAGCGUCGACCCUUUCUUCAACUGCAGCUGCUGCCCGGUCUCGCACCGCUACCGCUCUGCCCCGAUUCACCACCAUCCGUGCCUCAUCCAGCUCGACGUCUGCUCUGGCCUACAAGGCAUUGCACCGUCGUUCUCCUCUCCCCUUGCCAGUCAAUGAGACUUCUUCCCAGUGGGAUGCUCCUACUGCCGUCUCGUCGAUUCUCUACGAGACCCCCGUGCCUCCUUCCAACCCCCCUAAGCGUCAUGUCCUGAACUGCUUGGUCCAGAACGAGCCCGGUGUUCUGUCCCGUGUCUCUGGAAUUCUGGCCGCCCGUGGCUUCAACAUUGACAGUCUGGUCGUCUGUAACACUGAGGUUGAGGAUCUCUCCCGUAUGACCAUUGUCCUGCAGGGCCAAAAUGGUGUCGUCGAGCAGGCUCGUCGCCAGCUUGAUGACCUUGUCCCCGUCUGGGCUGUUCUGGACUACACCGACUCCGCUCUUGUGCAGCGUGAGUUGCUGCUCGCCAAGGUCUCUAUCCUGGGUCCUGAGUUCUUCGAGGAGCUUCUCCAGCACCACCGUGAGAUCAUCACUCCUGGUGAAGAACUAGGCAAGAACCAAGUCUCCUCCGAGGUUGAGUACCACCCUCGCAACCUGCCUCUCAGCCAGGCUCUCCGCCACAAGCACGAGCACUUGGAUGCUAUCACCCGCCUGACUCACCAGUUCGGUGGUAAGGUUCUGGAUAUCUCUAACAACAACUGCAUUGUUGAGGUGUCUGCCAAGCCCAGCCGUAUUGACUCUUUCCUCAAGCUGGUUGGCCCCUUCGGUAUCCUCGAGUCUACUCGUACCGGUCUCAUGGCCUUGCCCCGCUCUCCUCUUUCUGAGCAGAGCGAGGAGAUCGAGAAGGACGCCGCCGAUGUCGUCGACGCCAGCACCCUGCCUCCCGGUUAA